AUGGCCGAACAUAUUAAAGAUCUCAUCGCUUCCGGAGUCACGGUGGUAAUUGAUCGAUACUACUAUUCAGGAUGUGUAUAUUCUGCUGCGAAGCAGAAUCCUACCAUGGAUCUGGCAUGGUGUAGACAUAUGGAAGUUGGAUUGCCAAGGCCGGAUCUAUGUUUGUUUUUGGAUGUGAAGGCGGAGGAGGCGGAGAGGAGGGGAGGCUUUGGGAAUGAGAGGUACGAGAAGAAGGAAUUGCAAGAUCGUGUGAGAGGGCUUUUUGGAGAGAUGAGGAUCCAUGAGGAUGAGUGCGAGGAUAUCGUAAUUGUGGAUGCGGGAUCGAGUGUAGAGAAUGUGGAGAAGGAGAUUCAGACCGUGGUCAAAGAGAGAUUUGGAGACGAAAGGCAUUCAGAAGGUCCUUUGAGAUUUAUAAGGCCUUGGUGA